AUGCUUGCUGGUGUGGACUGGAGGCCCAGGCCUCCCCUGGACUCACUGGUGGGCAGUGGGCAGCCAGCUCAUUCGCCAGUGGGCAAGACCAAGAAGGUGCUGGUCAAGGCCACCCAAGGGACAGAGGCAGUUCCUGGCUGCGGGGGCGGGGCCUGCGGCUCGGCCGCCCAUUGGCUGCUUGUCCCAACCACCUGCCGGCCCGGUGGCCGCGGGGCUGCCGGGGGGACCUGGGCGCGCCCGGCGGGCGGCGCGGGAGCCGGCCUGGCGGGACUCGGCCGGUGGGUCCCCCUGCUCCUGUGCCUGCUGCAGUCCACUCGAGGGAGGCCCCACCUGGCCCCUCCCCAGAACGUGACGCUGCUCUCUCGGAACUUCAGUGUGUACCUGACAUGGCUCCCAGGGCCUGGCUACUCCCAGAAUGUGACCUACUUUGUGGCCUAUCAAAGCGCUCCAACCCCCAAACGAUGGCGGAAAGUGAAAAAAUGUGCAGGAACCAAAGAGCUGGCAUGUUCUCUGAUGUGCCUGGAGAAACAGGACCUGUACAACAAGUUCAAGGGGCGUGUGUGGGCAGUUUCUCCCGGCGCCAGGUCCCCGCCGGUGGAGUCCGAGUACCUGGAUUACCUCUUUGACGUGGAGCCAGCCCCACCUGUGCUGGUCGUCACCCGGACGGAGGAGGUCCUGAGCAUCAAUGCCACGUACCAGCUGCCGCACUGCAUGCCGCCACCGGAUCUGAAGUACGAGGUGGAUUUCUGGAAGGAGGGAACCAGAAACAAAACACGAUUUCCAGCCAUCCCCCAGGGCCAGCCAGUCCAGAUACCCCUGCAGCCAGCCGCCAGCGGACACCACUGCCUCAGUGCCAGAACCAUCUACACCUUUGGUGACCCUAAGUACAGUGGGUUCUCCGAGCCUACCUGCUUCUUCCUGGAGGCCCCGGGAGCCAGCUGGGUAUUCCUGGUGUUGCUGCUGCUUCUGCUCCCACUGCUGUUGGUCAUCGCCAUAGGCUAUGUGGUCUGGAAGAGUUUCACGGAGAACCCUUGGUUUCCGCAGGCAGAGGUGCCAUGGGCCCUGGACUUUACUGGACACCGACACCCCGUGGCAACCUUUCAGCCCUGUGGCCCUGAGUCCCCCGAUGUCUUGAUCCUCUGUCCCCAGAAGGAGCUGACCAGAAGGGUCAGGCCGAGCCCUGGUGUGAGGGCCCCAGCCACGGUCCAGACAGAAUCACAGAAGGACAGUGCCGAGGAGGAGGACACAGACGACAGUGGCAGCUUCCAGCCCUACAUUGAACCACCGCCCUUCCUGGGGCAAGACCACCAGACGCCAGGGCACUCCGAGGCUGGGGGCACCUGGACUCCUCCCAUCCAGGACGAACGCUCCUCGGCCACGGAGGCUUCAGACAGAAGCUGGGCCAGCACUGAGGGCUCCUCUCCCUGGGAUGAGCCCGGGUCUUCUUGCUAUUUAGCCAAGAAGGGGCCAGGCCGAGGGCCCGGAGGGGAGGGGGGUCAGCAGCCUCUCCUACUCCCCAAAUUCUCCCAGGACUUGAGUUUCCUGGAAGAUCCUGUGAAAGACGCCCUUCCCUCCUGGACCAGCUGCGUUUCAUCACCGGGGCUGAAUCUGGUCCCUGAGGAGCCCCCUGUUUCUCUUCACACACUGACCUUUUGCUGGGACAGCAGCCCUGAAGAUGAAGAGGAGGAGGAGGAAGAAGGAGGGGGAGGAGGAGAUGGAGGGGGAGAGGAGAGGAAAUCAGAAGUUGAGGAUGAUGUUACUGACAACUGGGCUGAGAGCCGCCAGAAGGUUGAGGUCAGAGCAGGGACACUAGGGCAUUACAUGGCCAGGUGAGCUUUCUUCAGUCCCUCCAAGUCCAUGCUCUCCAAGGACCCAAGACGCCACCGAGACUCGAGAGCCUGGGGGCAUCCUCACGGAGGCCGUGGAGGGCUCCUGCAGCACGUCAGAAACCCCAGCUGCGGAACCCACCCCAUCCUUUGACUACCAGCCUUGGGCUGAGCUCUAAGAAGGGUGAAGACAAAAAUGGGCUGAGGUCAGAGGCUGGUUGGGUGUCCCAUCCCCCCACUGCCUCUGGGGUGACAGGCCGGGUAGAGAAAGCCUCCCUGGACAACAUGAAACAGGUGCAGUCAGGUCACAGUGGACAACCAAGGGCUGGCAACACAAGGGACCCUCUGGAUCUGGGUGCAGGACGUUUGGAGCUCAUCUUUAGGAGUGUCGUAGCUUUCUCCAGCUUCCAGCAGCUGCUGAGCUCCUCCUCCCCCGGGUCUCAGUCCCGGGUUCAUGGUCCUCUAGGGUGGGCCUCAGUGAAGAAAACUCCAGUAAGCAAGGGAUGUUGGAGAGGAAAGGGUGGUCUCAUUCAAAUCCCAGUCUCUGACUUAUGGAA